UAUCGCCUCCCCGGGGUGGUUUGCAAAUAUGCCUCAACGUCUGUAGCGGCUUGGUGAAGGGAACUACCCUAGAUUCAGAACAGACGAGAGACGUCAUCAACAUUUUCCUGUAUUUAAAUGGUCGCGAAAGAAGAGGUCAUUGCAGGGAAAGCGACAUUAAAGUCGGAUAAAAACUACGGUGAAAGCCAAACRAUUGGGAAAAUUCACUGGGUGUCCUAAAUGGGGGACUACGGCUUUGGAGUUCUGGUGAAGAACGGCAGCGGUAACAAAUCUGCUUUCCCCGUUAGGAUUCCUCCUCACCUUCAAGCCCAGCACCCUCACCACCCGUCAAACCCUCCCAGCCCCCCUUCCUUCGUAAACAACACCUGCUCCACCAAUGGGGGCAGCGCUUGGCUGUUCCCUACUGUAGCCCAGCACAGUAACAUGCAAGAUGAGAUUCUGGAGUCGGACAAGUCCAAGGCUUUGGACUUACAAGACCUGCAGGAAAAAGCCCAGGUGCAGCCUCAGGCCCUGUCUCCAGGCCAGCAGGACCCCGGAGGAGGUCUGGCGGAGCUCGAGGGAGCUCUUUCUGAAGACGUCRCUUUGGAGAAGGGUUCCUUGGAGAGCAGCAGUGGGAAGGAGAAGCUGAGAAUGGAGUCCCCGGUGUUGGGCGCCUUCGAGUACCAGGACAGCCUGGGGAUGGGUACGAGCUGCGCGCAGUCCGUUUCCUCCUCAUCUUCACUGACCACAUUUAACAACUGGUCCCCUGCCGUCCCCUCCACCCAGUCUCCGGUGAUUGGGGAAGAUGUCGGAGGGUUUUUUGGUCCCGCUGGCUCCAACACGAACGGCCCUCCGCUCCUGUUUCAGAACUUCUCCCACCACGCUGGCCCUGGCUUUAGCGUAGGCGGCGGCUUCUCAACCCAGAUUGGGCCAGUCUCCCAGCAGCACCCUCCCACCCCUCACCCCCAUGGUCAGGGGGUUCCACAGCAGCAUCGGCGCUCCCCGGCUAGCCCUCAUCAACCGCAGCCCUCCUUCCCCCUGCACCCGCACCGCGCUGGACCGUUCCCCCAGCUGCCCCACCUUGCCCCUGCUCAGAGCAAGCCCCCCUCGCCCUGGGGAAGCUACCAGAGCCUGUCCACUCCCACCACCACCUCUUGGAGCCCAGGUGGAUACGGCAGCUGGGGUGGAACACAAGGGGUUCGAGACUACCGGCGGGGGAUAGGGGGAGGAGUGACAGGCCUCAACUCCUUCUCCCCGCUCAAGAAGUCUUUCCCCAACAACCAGGUUCCCUCGCAGAAGUUCCCCAGAAAUACCUCUGGCAUUAAUCACAAGAGCUGGGUGGAGGACAGCAUGAGCCGCAAUGACRGUGUUUAUUCCUUCCAGCAGGAGAGGACACGGUCUUUUGAUGGUUUCAGUAUGCAGUCYCUGGAGAACUCUUUGAUUGACAUUAUGAGGGCUGAGCAGGAUUCCUUAAAAGGACGCUACAGCUUCCCUCAUCAGGGUGGGGAUGUGCCUCUACCUAUGAAUGCAAGAAGUUAUGGCAGGAGACGAGGUCAUUCGUCUCUGUUCCCCAUGGAGGAUGAGCGCUCUUUUGGAGAGGAUAAUUCCAGUGACCAGGGCCUCGCUAGUCUUGGUUCUGCACACUGUUUCCCCCACCUCAACGGUGAACACAUUGAGCGUUAUUCGAGGAAGGUGUUUGUGGGAGGGCUGCCCCCAGACAUAGACGAAGAUGAAAUCACUGCCAGUUUCCGCAGAUUUGGACAUCUGUUUGUAGACUGGCCUCACAAGGCAGAGAGCAAGUCCUAUUUUCCACCCAAAGGAUAUGCGUUCCUGCUGUUUCAAGAUGAAAGCUCAGUCCAGGCUCUGAUUGAUGCCUGCAUUCAAGAAGAUGGCAAACUUUACCUGUGUGUCUCCAGCCCCACUAUUAAAGACAAGCCUGUUCAGAUUCGGCCCUGGAACCUUAACGACAGUGAUUUUGUAAUGGACGGCUCUCAACCACUGGACCCAAGGAAGACCAUCUUUGUUGGAGGUGUUCCUCGUCCCCUACGUGCAGUUGAGCUUGCCAUGAUCAUGGAUCGUCUGUAUGGRGGAGUGUGUUAUGCUGGGAUCGACACGGACCCAGAGCUCAAGUAUCCAAAAGGUGCAGGCAGGGUGGCCUUUUCCAAUCAGCAAAGCUACAUUGCGGCUAUCAGCGCCCGGUUUGUUCAGCUGCAGCAUGGGGAGAUCGAUAAACGGGUGGAAGUGAAGCCAUAUGUCCUGGAUGAUCAGCUGUGUGAUGAGUGCCAGGGCACUCGCUGUGGGGGGAAGUUCGCCCCUUUCUUCUGCGCCAACGUGACGUGUCUGCAGUACUACUGUGAGUACUGCUGGGCGGCCAUCCACUCUCGGGCCGGCCGCGAGUUCCACAAGCCGCUGGUGAAGGAGGGAGGGGACCGACCGCGACACAUCUCCUUCCGCUGGAACUAAAGCUAAACGGGGAAGGGGAGGGGGGCGGGGAGGGGGCUACGAGAAAAUUAGGGCAGGGGUAUGGGCCUUUGAAACGGAAAAUGAUGCACUUUUCUUUUAAGUUAAUAAAAAUAAUAAGUUAUUUUUUAUUUUUUUAAAUUGAGCCAUCUAAAAGAAGUAACUGCUAAAAAGAGUAAAAUCCCAUUUAUGUUUUGACUGCAAGUGUGCAUGAGCAUAUUGAUGCGUUAGAUUUGAAUUUAUAUGUUUAGGUUUUUCUUACCUGAGUGUACUAUUUUAUUUUUUCUUUUCCUUUUUUAGUUGGCGAAGCUGCUUACAUUUGUACUUUUGAGGUUCAUCAUACUUAAAUCAGUAUACGAACUAUGGAAGUUGAGUUUAAAGAAAGGUGCAUUUUCUUUUUGUUUUUUUUAUUAUUAUUUUCUUUUUGCUUGCAGACCUGGUAAACGGUGAUGACAUUUACCAAAGGUUGAGUGGAAACGGUUGGAACUCUGUUUAGGAUGGAUGGAUUAUUCAGUUUUUCAAGUAGAUUAAUGUACAACAUCUGGCCACGUCACAAAACAAAAUCUCCCCUCAGUUUGGCGCACGCGUUUAGAUUGUCGGCACGACAUUUUAGGUCUCGGUGUACACGUCAACACUUUGUAACCAGAAAGAGCAAACCAAAGAUUGGCCUAGAACCUAUUAUUGAUCCUUGAUCUGAGGGGUUUCUGUUCAGUUGACCUCAUCGUCGAACAGAGGAAAGGCUGGAGUUUGGGUUUGAGCUGAUAUUGAGACACAGCCCUCAGGGCUCAGGUAUUGGCAGUAGUAUUUAUUCACUUUAUAUCGUCAGGGAUAUUAGCACUGGAAGCUAACAUGCUAAUGUAGUACUAACUAAUGGGAAUGCACAGUCCAGUCUCCCUGAGCUGUCCUCAUGGUGUACCACUGCACGCUCUGCUGUGACUGACUGCAGCUUCUACCACACGCCUGUUGUGGUUGGACAUGGUAGUAGCUUGAAUUUACUGUCACAGAGAUAAAAAAAAAAGAUAUUAUUUUAUACAUGGCCUGCUGAUUUUUGUACAGUGUUUUAUAGCCGAUUAUUUUGUCAUGAACAUAUAUACAUUUAUUAUGCACUACUUUUUCUAAAUAUUUUUUUCAAUAGUCAUUUUAGGCACAUUUUUCACAAAAUGGGAGAACUCCUUUUGCAAUACCUCAUUUUUUUCACUUGGUGGAAAAAUAAUUUUGUACCUUUUGUUACUAAGAGAUCUGCAUUUAUUGUAAAUUUAAUUUAAAGAAAAGAGAAAAAAGGUGAUUUAAUAUAAUUUUCGAUUAGCUUUUAUAUAUUUAAGUGCUGGUAAAUCAGAAAAAUCAUCUGGUGCAUUGGUUGCGAUUCUGUGGAUUUGAAAAUAAGCAGAAAAAAAACUGAGGCUACGGUUAGCCAGUCGUGUAUACAUUUUCUCUCUUAAUAAACAUUAUUACAGGAUCCUAAGGCAUGGCGAGACCUUUCUAAACUGAUUUUGAUAGUCUUGAGUAUAAAUAAGGUGAUAUUUUGCUCCUAGGUGUAGUCUGUAAGAUUAUCAUUAGAAUAAAUGUUUUGGUCGGUGUAAAAAUCUUCUACAACCGGAGUGGAUAUCUGCUGUUUUUGAAUCUAUUGUUAUUAUUAUUUUUUUAAUUAGCUCUUCUUUCUGAAACUGCCUGUAACUUCUUCUCGGCAUGCGUAAGAGAUAAAACAUGGCUAGUGAUAAUAAUGCAGGACCUAACGUAAUGCACUAGAUCUCCUUUCCAACUUUCUGUUCCUUCUCUUGGAGAUUUCUCCUCUCUUGUAGCCUCUCUUUACAUAACGGAGUCUGCCUUCCUGACACAAACGUGAUGUUUAUGCAAUACACACACACACACACACACACACACACACACACACACACACACACACACACACCGUGGCAACACUUUGGAUGUGUUUUGUAACAUAAAGGACACUCUGUAAAGCGUACACGAGGAGACACGAUCACUUGACCCCCCACACCCCCUUCUCCCCUCCUUCUGUGAUGUGGCAUGCUUUGGGACAUAAUCUGAAUGUUAUUAAAUGUUGCAAGUUAACUUUUGAGCCAUUAUGUGCAAUACUUAACUCUUCUUUUCAGAAACAGUUCUCCGCAGUUUAAAUCAUUCUGACCGUACAAAUCAUGCAGUCUUUUUACACGUUUUAUUUCGACUUCCUCUUGUUCAUUAUGUUUGUGAAAGAGAGAGAGAGARAAAAAAUUAUACUAGAAUUUAUUUUGUAAGCGUUUAGUUUUUGUGCUUAUUGACUUAUUUUGCUACUACCAUGCUACUGUGAUUGAAAACAUUGUAUAUACUAGUUCGACUACGUAUUUAGCAUUUGCUAUAUUUUCAAUUGAAAUGUCUAUCAUUCUGAUCAGAACUUUUUUUUUGRGGGGGGGAGGGGAUGAAGUGUUGAACUCUGUCUAGUUUUUCUAAUUGCUGUAACGUGCUCUGCAUUUUCACACAAAAAGAAUAUCGAUUAUGUCUUAGUACGACUCGAUUGGAAAUUUUCAAUAGUUUUUAAUUGAAUGCUGGGAAGGUCAUAUUUAUUACUUAUUUUUUUUACUUGAUUUUGAUUUUUACUAAGUCAUUUCACAUUUGUUUGUAAGUUUCGAUUUUUAUAUUUUCCUCCUGAUUUAUUUACGCUACAAUACAGGCAUCAGUUUUUAUAGUUGGUUUGUAGUAUUGAAGUAAAACAAAGACCUAAAGUCACACGUUGAUUUGCUGCCAACUGUUUGUAACUGUAUGCAUACAUUUGAAGUAUUUGUAAUGUGAGAUGUUGAACGAAUAAAAACAGCUGUGAGGAAGAAAAUCA